AUGAGUGAAAUGGAAUGUUCACCGAGCAGCCGUCUUCAGUCCAUAUCACCUCACAUCUGUAAUAAUGGUACCAGAUCACCACGCCGGAAAAGCAAAUCACCUCAGCCACUUGAUAACAGUACGGAAAGGUGUGACAACUGUUCGCCACAAGCUAAUGUAAUCAGAGAUUCGAGACCUGACAUCAUUGCUUGGCCAACACCACCCAAUGUACAAAGUGGAAAUAGCAACAAUAAUCAGGGAAAUAGUUCGGAGGAAUCUACAAAGCUAUUCUCCAUCCUCAAAGUGGCUUCUUCAACUGCACCUCGAGGGAGAGAAAGCGAACUGAAGAAGAAAAUACAGACCUUAGAAGAUACAGUUGCCGAAUAUGAGCGACAGAAAUAUAAUGUUAUGGGUACAUUUAGCGAAUAUAGAGAACGCGUAGCAGAACGAGAACGAAAACUGGAAGCAGAAUAUUCUAGCAGAAUUAUAGCUCUCAGUGAAGAAGUUCUUGGAGCUAAAAAGGAUUUUGAAGCUCGGAUGAAAAGCUUUCAAGCUUUACAAGACAAAUUUGAGCGAGAAAAAGAACAAGCGCUCGAAAAAUUACGCCAGGAGCAUCAGAAGGAAAUUCAGUUACUGGAACAACGUUUUUCCGAGUCACAGUUACUCAAUCUGGAACAGAAAUAUAUGAUUGAAAUUCAACGACUGGAAGAAGAACGAAAAAGCUUAAAAGCUGAAAAGGAGCGACUAGGAGAGACAUUUGAAAUGAAGCUUCGAAGAGCACAAAGUUUAUACGAGACAGAAUUAACAGCAGCUAAAAUGCUGUAUUCAAAAGAACUUGAAGCGUUACGAGAUCAUGAAGAAGCGCUCAAGGACGAACUUUUAGCACGGCAAGAUGAAUUCCACGAUCGUCUUCAAGAGUUACAAGAUCAGACAAAACGAAGUAGAGAAGAACUUGCAACAUGUAAAAAUGAAGUAACAGCACUGGAAAAACGAUUACUAGUAAAGGAAGCAGAAGUUGUGGCAAUUUCCAAAGAGCUUGAGGAAGCUCGCAACGAAACAAACGAUUCAUUGAGAAAACUUUCGCAAGUAGAAAUCGAAUUACAGGAAGCCAAACAACAAUAUCGACAACAGGAAGAGGAAUUACAACGCAAAUCCAAUUUACUCAAUAUUGUGGAAACAGCAAAAAGUAAACUGGAAGCAUUCAUUCGUGAUUUACAAGCUGAAGUAAAAGCAUUGAAAAACAAAGUUGAAUUUUUGGAGAAAGAGCGAGAAAAUUUGCAAAGUCAAAGCGAAAGUCAAACGAAAUUGCAGAAUUCACAAGUAAAUGCACUUGAAGCGGUUCUCGAAUCAGUGACAAAAGAAAAAGAAUCUACAAAGGAUCACUAUGAAAGCCUCUUAGAAAAAGAACGUCAACAAGCAGAAGAGCGCGAAUACGCAAUGAAAAAAGAAUUCAGUUCGAAAUUAAAUGAGCUCGAAUCGCAGUACAACAGCUUAAAGGAUCAUCUGGAACAUAAUACAAAGCGAAAUGUAGAGCAGGAAAUAUCCGAUGUUAAGGAAGAAAACCGUUCGUUAUUGACGGAAGUGGAUACAUUGAAGCAUGAGCUUGAUCUAUUGGUAGAAAGUAAUGAUGAUAACAAUAAUGGAACAGUCAGAAAAAUUAAGCAAUUAAUUGAUGAAAGCGACCAAAUGAAAAAAGAAGUGGAAAAAUACAAAGAACUAUUGAAUAAGAAAGAAACGGAAAUAAAAAAAUUGGAGCAGCUUGAGCGACAACGUAUUGUGACUGAUGAAAUUUCAGUUAUCAAAGGUGAAAUUGGAUUCCAAUUAAUGAAUUCAGAGGGAUAUUUGAGAAGGGAAGAGGAAGUGACGAUGUUAAAAAGUGAGAUUGCUAAACUCUUAGCUGAACGAGAGAACGUGGCAAUUUUAAAUGAAAAUUUAAUGAAAUUGAAGUCUGAAAAUGAAGAAUUAAUAAAUAGGCUGAAGGAUUCGAGUGUUCAAGAUCUAAGCGAUAUUAGAAACAUUGAGCAGAUGAGAUCCAAUGUGGAGCAGAAAAUGAGUGAAGAGAUUAAUACGAAACGGCAAAGUACAGAAACCUCGGAAAUGAAUGAGAAGCUCUUGCGAGAAGAAUUUCAAGCACAGCUGGAGGAACGAGUUGAAGAAGAAACGUUAAAAGUAACGUCCAAAUAUGAAAUGGAAAUCAAAGAAGCCAAAAACAAUGCUAAUGAAAAGAAUAAAGAAUUAGAAGCAAAUAUGAAUGUGCUGAAAAAAGACUGCAGUCAAAAAGCAAAACAAAUUGCCGAUCUAUCCGAUAAAAACAAAAAAUUGACGGAUGAAAUAAAUGCGGUACAAAGUGAACUUGAAAAGAAAAACCAAGAAAUUAAGAACUUCAGCAAAAAGACGGAUGAAUAUCUCAGGAAGCGAGAAAAUCAACAAGCUCAUAUCCUUGAGAAAAAAAUUAUAAAUCUGAAUAAAGAGCACGAAAAAACGAUCGAAAUGAUGAAAAAACAUGAAACGGAACUGACAAGCAAGUAUAAGAAGCUUCAGCAACAGCUCACAACUAAGCCUGAAACUGGCACGCAUGGGAUACAAACGAAUAUUGAUGACGAAAAUGAAGCAGGAACGAGUAAAAUAAAUUUGGAAUUGAGUAAGCAAAUGCAACAGUUCCGAAAUGCACUCGGAGAAAAAGAUGCUCUCAUAUCUCAAUUGCAAAAUGCCCUCGAAAUUUUGCGAGAAUCAGAAAUAGAGAGCAGGAAAAACAGAUCGAAUAGUUUCACAGCUGGCGAAGGUUCCAAAAAUCAGUCAAUUACAAGCAAUUUACAAAUUUUACUUACUGAAACGCAAGGAGAAGCUAAAGGUAGCGUGAGAAGUAGAAAUGGGCAGGAGCCUGCCAAAGGGAAGAAAAAAAAGGAAAAGGAAAAGGAAAACAGCGGAAAAGACAAAAUAAAUCAUUGCGUAACUGGUACACCAAGGCCAAAGUCACCUAACCAAUCCGCUCGACUUCAUGAACGCAGUCUUACAAAGUCAAAAUCACCGAUGGUAGAUCUAAUCAAGCAGAAAGACGACAAAAGAAGUCUGCUAAGUCCGGAUUUCGAACGGCCUUCAUUGACUGACGAGCAUAGACGAAGCUCUCCUGGGCAUCAGCCAUCAUCACGUUCCAAAAAAGAGACCGCUUCGUCAUCUGUUGGUUCGUCUAAUUCUUUGAGCAAUAAGGAUGACUUGAAGAGACCUGCUUGGAAGUUCUAA